AUGGCUAUGUUGCAAGGCAACAUCCGCAGCGCUCUUAUCGAAGGAAGUACAUCGACACUUGUGUCAGGCCUCAGCCCAGAUGAUAUUGACCAUUCAUCAUCUUUCUUCUCACACACGGCAUCUGUCGAAGAAGAUGAGAUGCUGGAUAAACCCCAUGAGCAUGACGCAAAAAAAGGCACAGAGCUCAGCAGUUCCGACCGAACACCUUCAGUACAAUGGGGUGGAAAUCAGUACAUUCGCAUCUACUCCCGGGCAGUCGUCAAUGCACUGCAAUCUGUUGUCAACUACUACCCAAAUCAAACACUUGCAGGGUCCCCGGUAGACAUCUAUAAGCCCUAUGCAAUCCUGGCCCACCAUUGGGAACCUCUUGAGCGAUUCCGCGCCAGCUUCCAUCCUGACGCUGUCGGGCGAAUUGCAGAUGACUGUGAAGUACAUGACACGUACGAGCACUUGGGUUAUCUGCUAGAAUUCAUGGAAAGAGAGCUCCGAGACGAGAUCAAUAAGGAACAUGCUCGUUGGGAGCAGGAUAUUCCAAAAGCCUCCUUUGGGAUGCUCUGGCUCCUGUUCCCACCUGGGACGGACGUUUACUACGAUGAAGACGACAAUGGGUCUCAGGAGCCUUAUGUCAUCUCACAAGUCUCUUUCAGGAUCAUAAAUCAGUCAUGGAAUGAAUACAGCGUCGAUCUGUGGAAUCUAGAUGGCCAUGAACACGAGAUCCGACCUCAUCGAGAUAAAUACUUCCUCACGCGAUUUCACGGAGAGAAGCCUAUUACGGAAUUGAGCAUCUUCCCUUGCAAGUAUCACCCCGACCACAAGAACAGAUACACGGAGCUUGUCAAGCGAGGUACUGCCUAUUACAGACUCCGCCAGAAAAGGUGCAUGUACUAUGACGGCGAGGGAGAUUCCUGGCCACGCUUACCGUACAAGGGAUACGUCAUGGUGGACCCCGGCAAAGAACAGGAAGAUUUGGAACUUGCUUACGAAGAAACUGACGAGACUGUCGAUCAGAAACCCUCUGCGCUCCCACUCUGCAACUGCGAUCGAUGUUGUGCUAUGGAAACAGAACGCACUAGACCGGCUAAAUUUGAAGCAUACAAGAAAAUUGAGCUCAAGAAGACUACGGGGUUGACGCACCAUCAAUACUUUAUCUGCAAUCGCUCAACAUGGGCGUUCAUCCUCGGAAUUCGGGAGUGGAAAUUACUGUUCAUCGACGGUUUCAGUGAACCAAAAUGGGAUCUUGGCUUGAUAGACGGUCUCGUACUGAAGAGCCACUACAAAGACAUGCUUAAAGACCUGUCGCGAAUGUUCGUUGAACAACAGCUCUCCAAAAAGAGCGAGGGAAAGCCGAAAGAAGGAGGUUCAGCUGCGCGCCCAACUCCAUGGACAGCCGACUACAUUGAAAACAAGGGCAAAGGUCUCGUCUUCCUCCUUCACGGCAAACCUGGCGUAGGCAAAACAUACACCGCUGAAUGCAUCGCGCAUCAAGUCAAACGCCCUUUGCUCUCGGUAACAUGUGCAGACAUCGGUGUUGAACCAAGAGAAGUCGAGAACAACCUACGUCGGUGGUUCAAGACUGCCCGGCGAUGGGACGCCAUCAUGCUCCUCGAUGAAGCCGACAUAUACAUGGAGUACCGACAAAUCCACGACCUUACGCGGAACAAUCUUGUCGCCGGCUUCUUGCGCGCAAUUGAGUACUAUGACGGCGUGCUGUUUCUCACCACUAACCGCAUCGGCACCUUCGACGAAGCUUUCCUAUCGCGCAUCACUGCCAUCUACUACGACAACUUCAGCGACGACGACAGAAAGCAGAUCUGGGGCAACUACUUCGAAAAGCUGGAAAUGGAGCGCGGAGCGGACAUCUACGUGCCCAUGUCGACCAAGGAAUAUGCAACCGAUUCCAAGGACGUCAGGGAGUUGUUGUGGAACGGACGCGAGAUAAGGAAUGCCUUUCAAAUCGCAGUCAAUCUCGCGCAGGCCGAAGGGAACAAAAACAGCGAUGGUAAGGUUACCGUCAAGGAGAAACAUAUCAAAGUUACCGUGGAGCUAUCGCGAGAUUUCAAGAGAUACAUGGUGUCGUUGCAUCAUAAGACUGAGAGUGAGCGCGCGCGUGUUGCGGGUACAAGGUAUGAUGAUUUUGGUGCGCCAAAGGGUCUAGGAGCAAAUAUGACUUAG